GCGUCUGCAGCUGACGAAAUUUCCUGGUGUGAAGUGAGUCCAGUCUCUCUGAAUAUCAACAACGGAUUGAAACGAACCCUGAAUGAUGGUUUGCCGUUUGCAUGCGAGUAUAAUCCGUAAUAACGCUGGAAAUAACAUCUGACAGCUCAGGGAGCUGCAACUCUAGAUCAAUGUGUCCGCUUGGGCAUUUUACGCCGGGUUUGUCAUCGUCGAGCUGGUAGCAGGUGGCGACGGAGCGGGGCGAAGCUCGAAUAUUGAUGCCUUCCUGUUAAUGAAACUUAAUUACGAAUUCCGUGCAAGGGUUGCCACCCGCCAUGUAAAGAUAAAGACACGGGUCUCUGUGUUGAACAUGCUAAAGCGAUUGGAUAAGAUAAGGUUCAGAGGACCGAAGCGAGAUGAGUUCCUGGACCCCGCCGAGUCCCCCAACGCAUCUGACAGCGAAUGUAAUGACGAUGUCCCAGUAAAACACCAGAGCUCCAUCAAAGAAACAGAAGAGCAGCGAGACCCUGCUGGUUCAGGGACCAUGUCUGCUGCUCCAAUCCAGGACUACAAGCUGAGUAAUGCUGACCGACUCAAUGAGGUCAAAGGUCACCUGGAGAUAGCAUUACUGGAAAAGCACUUUCUUCAGGAGGAGUUGAAGAAGCUCCGAGAGGAGACAAAUGUCGAGACUCUAAAGCAGGAGCUGGAGAAAGAGAAAUCAAAAAGAGUCGAUCUUGAGCAGAAAAUGAAUGAAAUUCUCAGAUCCAGACUAGAAGAUUCACCACCUCCACCUCCAAAACCACAAGUCCCUUCUGUCGAUGGAACAGGGGACAAGCAGAAGGAGACCUUAAGCGCUCGGCUGUGGAAAUGGCUCUAUGAGCGCUUUGGUGUUUAUAUCGAAGAUUUCCGCUUUCAGCCUGAGGAAAAUACAGUUGAGACUGAAGAACCACUAAGUGCUAAAAGAUUAACUGAAAAUAUGAGACGACUCAAACGGGGUGCUAAGCCUGUAACUAACUUCAUGAGGAACCUUUCUGCCUUAUCCAGCUGCCGCUCUGUCUACACGUCAGCCAUCGCCUUUAUUAUCUAUAUGAAUGCUGCCUGGCAUGGCUGGGUUAUCCCCCUGUUUCUAUUUUUAGCCAUUCUGAGGUUGUCCUUGAAUUACCUCAUAGCAAAAGGUUGGAGGAUACAGUGGAGCAUUGUGCCUGAGGUCUCCGAACCAGUGGAACCUCCAAAGGAAGAUCUUACAGUCUCAGAGAAGUUUCAGUUAGUGUUGGAUGUUGCACAGAAAGCCCAGAAUCUAUUUGGAAAGAUGGCAGACGUAUUGGAAAAGAUUAAAAACCUGUUCAUGUGGGUGCAGCCUGAAAUCACACAGAAACUGUAUGUUGGUUUGUGGGUGGCCUUCAUCACUUCCUGUUUGCUGCCAUAUAAACUCUUGGGCUUCAUGAUUGGUGUCUAUGCCGGCAUCAAAUUCUUCAUCAUCGACUUCAUCUUCAAAAGCUGCCCCAAACUGAGGGACAAAUAUGACACACCCUACAUUGUAUGGACCAAUUUGCCCACAGACCCACAACUCAAAGAGCGUAACAAUGCCAAUCUGAGCAGACGGCUGUCUGGGUUUGAAAAGCAGAUCCAGCCGGUGGUGGCACGGGGUAAUCAGUCAGCAGGGAUGUCGUGUGGGAUUGGCCGUGAGGAGGAAAGCGGACGGGCCUACAACACCAAAAGAGGGCCUUUUCAUGAAGUCUUCAACUUGUCAGAGCAUGAGCGGCCCCUGCCAGUGUGCGAGAACGGAUGGCGAUGUUGUUUGAUCAACAGGGACAGAAAAAUGCCAACCGACUACAUCCGCAAUGGAGUCCUCUAUGUCACAGAAAAUUACCUGUGUUUCGAGAGCUCCAGCUCCCGGGCGACAUCUUCGAAGAAAAAUAAAGUCAUCAAGCUCCAAGACAUCACGGAUAUUCAGAAGUACAAAGUGUUGUCAGUAUUGCCUGGAUCUGGGAUGGGGAUCUCAAUUACAACGCCAUCCACUUUAAAGCCUCUAGUGUUUGGUGCCAUGAUUCAUCGAGACGAGGCCUUUGAUGCCAUUCACACUCAGUACAUGAAGAUCGUGAAUUCCACAGCAGCUACGACAGGGACAAACCCAGAGACAUAGUCUCACCCGGAUCAACAUAUGACAUAAGGUAGUCCAUAAGACAGCUCUAACCUUAAUGUAGCACUAUCCCAAACCCCGGUACGGAGAUGAUGGCUUCCAGAACUUCUCCACCCCAUCUCCAAUCCAAAACGAUGAAGAAACUGCAAAGAAACUGUUUUUAUGAUUCUACAUGAGUAUUAGGAGUAUUUUAUAUAACGUUCUCUCAAACAGCGUACUAUAAUCUCACACAAGUGUUUGUCAGGAUGGGUCUUGUUUUAUAAGGUUAGGGGUUCAUUGUGUGUCAGAACAGGAGCUGGUACUCCUUUGUGUCUCUUGGAGGGCUUUGUGUGAUCCUUGUGUAGUCAGACCAUAUAACAGUCUCUGAACUUACCGCCAUUUUCACUUAAUUGCAUCACCGCUGGCCUUGCACAAAGAAACACUGCACUUAGUGUUGCUGAGGGCUUUUAGAUGUGAUUUAGGGGGAAAAGGAACAGACUUAACCGUCAACUGAAAUCCAUAUUCCCAAAGCAGCUCGUAACUGCCGGCCACAUUGUUCCUUGGGGUGCGCCAAUUUUCUCUUCAGUAUUUGUGAUACUUGUGUUAACUAGAAACAACCUCAUAUUUUAAAAGACUAGUGCGCUUAAAAAUACAAAUUUCGCUGUUUACUCUGCCUCGUGGUGUUUUAAUCUCGGAAAACACAAAAGGAGAUAUUUAGGCAGAUGUCCAAGCUGCUCUUUUCCUUAAAAUGAAGGUCAACUGUUUAGGGGAUAAUUUACUCAGAAAUUACAAUAAUGUUACCAUUUACUCGCCAUCAUGUUGUUCCAAACCAAUAUGACUUUUUUUUUUUUUUUUUGCGGGUUUUUUAAAUUUUUAACUUUUGUCUAGUCGAAGAAAAGAUUUGAAAGUGGGGUUCAAAUCGUUUGGAUUCUGCAGAGUAAUGUCAUAAUGAAUAUUCAUUUAAGAAACUCAUACUGGUUUGGAAUAACAUCAGGAUGCUUCAAUAAUGACAGACUAGUCAAUUAAUCAUUUUUUUAAUGUAAAGCACAAAAAUAUCACCAGUCUUACCCAUAAAAUGAAAGUGCACAAAUAAAGGACUGUUCAAACUAAACCAGAAUUAGCUGCGUUUGGUAAUCUAUCCUCAUUCCUCAUCAUUGAGCCCUGAGGUUAUUGAAGUAUUCAACGCCUUGAGUUAGGGUUAGGCACUGGUAAGAGAAAUGUCUUUGUUUACUAAUAUUAUACCCCAAAAUAAGAUGUAAUUACUUAAGAACCACAGACUACUUUCUGUAAUGGAUGUAGUGUUAUGAUUUUUCUAAAAGUGUGCGUAGGGAACUCCAAAAUGAACAUGCUACAUAAAAGUUCUACUUCCAAAUACACUUAUUUACUCAUUUAUGCAUAACAUUUUAUUUUGUAACUUUUGACUAUGCAGCCUUCAAUAGCUCCUUUUGGAAUAAAAGCAGGGCUUUUCUUUCUUAAGAGUGGAGAGUCGUAUAGUAGUACGUCAUGAUUUUUUGCUGUAUUGGUCCCCAGCACUUUUCUUGGUUUUCAAAUUUUAAUGCAUUUCAAAAUGUGCUGUGCUAAAAUUGCACUGUUGCUUUUUCAUUUGGUUUAUCCGUUUUAAGCCUCGUUUCUCACCUGCCUUAUUCUGCCUUAUUUUAUUUUGUUCUUUCGAUCAAUUUGACAAUUAUUAUUUUAUUUAAUUUUUUGUCAUUUUGAUUCCAUAUGUGUCUGUUGGGGCUAGACUCUGGACUCCUUGGAUGCCGUUUGCCAAGUUUACGAAAUGGCACUUUUGGGCUCUCUAAAUAUAUAGCCACUUAAAUUGUGGAAGACCAUUUAGUUAGAAUAAAUAUGAUUUGAAUAUUGUCUGUGCAGAUGUAUUUGUGAUGCACAUAAAUAGUGCACCUUUGUUUUAUUAAUUUCACCUUUUAACUAGUUCUGUCAAACGAUUAAUCGCAUCCAAUGUAGACGUUUUUGUUUGCAUAAUAUAUGUUUGUGUGCUGUGUAUACAUUUAAGAAAAAUAUUAUUUGUAUAUUUAAUAUAUUUUAUAAAAUUAUCUAAAUAUAUACAUGUAAAUAGUGUGUGUGUGUGUGUGUGUGUGUAAACAAAAGCUUUUAUUUUGGAUGCGAUUAAUCGUUUGACAGAACUACUUAACAUUCAAUUCUAAAAACAAAUCCCAUUUAAUUAUUCAAUCUUAAAGUGAAAAAAUUAACCACCAAUGAUUGUCUUUUGCCAAAUAAAAUGUGUAUUGUUGUUUGCGCUCUGUUUCUGCCCCAGAACAGUUCUGUUUACAGACAUUUGUGUUCCACAAAAGGCUAUUUUGAUCCCUGGACCAAUGGGGGCAUGAAAAUUAGCCUUUCUUUGCCUGUGGUGAAUGUUAAAGAAGCUGAAAAAUCAUGGAUUUUAAAUGCCUUGUUAAAACAUUUUAUUCUUCUGUUUUGCAUUAUGACACAUUCUUCAUCCAGCUUUAAGAAUAUGAUUAUUGUUCCCUGGAAGUUGUUGGCUAUAGCAUGGAGGGGUGUUGUUGUAUUAUUUCACUCAGUGUAUUUCCCUAUUCAAGUCGUUUUACAUUUCAGUCAAUUAUCUGUUUAGUUGGUUGUAACGCACAGUUGUCACAAUCACAUUUGGUACGGCCACCCAACAACUGGGUUUAAUAAACUUUGCAGAGGAACAACCACCAUAAACUGGAGUCCAAUUACUCCAAGUGAAUCUCAUGUGCAGAAUGUGACUGGAUGUUUGUUUAUCGAACAUUUGUAUUUACACUGGAUGUACAUUUCUGGUAAACUCUUUCCUGCUUUCCUCUGAAUAGUCUUCAUUGGAGAAGAAAUAAACUCUUGGGUUCUUUGUAACCUUUAUUGCUUGGAA